AACACGAAGAAUUGGUAGAUUUUGUAAAAAAAAUUAUAUAUUUUUUUUUAUUUGAAUCUAAAUUUGAGGUGGUUUUUGUUGGGUUUUGUAUGCUCGGCGGUGAUGCCUACGGCGGUAAGUUCAGCUCGGCAAUGCUUAGCACCAGAUGCUGCACACGCGCUGGACGAGGCGGUGGCGGUGGCGCGCCGCCGUGGGCAUGCUCAGACGACGUCGCUUCACGCCAUAUCCGCAUUUCUCUCUCUUCCCUCCUCCGCGCUUCGUGACGCAUGUGCACGCGCCCGCAAAACUUCCGCUUACUUCCCUCGUCUUCAAUUCAAAGCCCUCGAGCUCUGUCUCAGCGUCUCUCUCGACCGUGUCCCCUCCACUCAACUUUCCAAUGACCCUCCCGUCUCCAACUCCCUCAUGGCUGCCAUUAAGCGUUCUCAGGCUAACCAGCGCCGGCAGCCGGAGAAUUUACAUUUGUACCACCAGCUCUCUCAACAGUCCUCCAUUGCUUGCGUCAAAGUCGAGCUCCAGCAUUUUCUUCUUUCCAUUCUCGACGAUCCUGUCGUCAGUAGGGUUUUCGGCGAAGCUGGAUUUCGGAGCUCCGAAAUCAAGCUUGCUAUUAUUCGUCCUUUCCCUCAGCUUCUUCGCUACUCCUCUCGCGCUAGAGGCCCCCCUUUGUUCCUCUGUAAUUUGAUGGACUAUUCCGAUCCUAAUCGUCGGGGUUUCUUGUUUCCACUUUCCGGAUUCCGCGAUCGGGACGACAACGAAAACAAUCGCAGAAUCGGACAGGUUUUGGGGAGAAACAGAGGAAGGAAUCCUCUACUCAUCGGAGUAUCUGCUUACGUUGCUCUCGAGAGCUUCACGGAGGCCGUCGAUAAACGGAACAACAAGUUCUUGCCGGAGGAAUUGGUCGGUGUGAGAACUGUUUCCCUCGAGAACGAUUUCUCUAAGUUUUUGUCUGAGAAUUCCGAAAUGGGGUCUUUGAAUGUGAGAUUCGUGAAGGUCAUUCAGAUGGUGGAGCAGUCGCCAUGGCCUGGAUUGAUAGUAAAUUUCGGAGACUUGAAUGCACUCGUCGACGAUAAUUCUUCCGAUGACCGAGCAAGCCAUGUCGUCGGCCACUUGAAAAAGUUGGUCGACGUUCAUGGCGAUAAAGUUUGGUUGAUUGGCGCAGCUGCAAGCUAUGAAACUUACAUGAGAUUGGUUACUAAAUUUCCUUCGAUUGAGAAGGACUGGGAUUUACAUCUCUUGCCCAUAACUUCUCUCAGACCUGAAUCAUAUCCCAGGUCCAGUUUGAUGGGAUCAUUUGUUCCACUUGGGGGGUUCUUUUCGACACCUUCUGAUGCAAGUAUCCCUUUGAGCGGUUCAGGCCAACAUCGUUCCCGCUGUCUUCAAUGUGACAAAAACUGUGAAGACGAAGUGAUUGCUGCUUCAAAAGGCGUUUUUACACCCCCUCUAUCCGAGCAGUACCAAUCUAGCUUGCCUUCUUGGAUGCAAAUGACUGAACUUAGCAACUCGGAUGGAUUCGAUGCGAAGACCAGAGAUGAUGGACUGGUAUUGAGUGCCAAAAUUGCAGGGUUCCAAAAGAAAUGGGACAAUAUAUGCCAGCGUCUUCAUCACGGUCAACCAUUAAAAGAAGCACACGUGUUUCCGAUGAUUGUGGACUUCCGAGUCGCUGAAGAUAAAAAGGAACGUGCUGCUGUUCAUAAUGCAUGUAUUUCAUCACACCAGGAUUCAUCUGCUGAUUUGAACUCCAGAAAUUUCAUGGAUUUACCAAAGAUUUCUCUCUCAAGAUCAAACACCUUUCCUUUAUCUGGCAAGCCGAGUAACGAGAAUCUCCUAUCCAAACUGCAGGAAGAAACAUCUAAAACUGAAGAUCUCGAGUUAAGGGGCGGCAAAUCUCGUUUCAGCCUGUCAAUUUCCAGUGUCGAUGAUGAAAGUCGAACGUCUCCCCCAUCAGCAGGGUCUGUCAUGACAGAUUUAGGGUUGGGGAUAGUUUCCUUGCCUACCAGUAAUAAGCUGAAGAAACCGUUAAAUCCUAAUGCCGAAGGCUGCUGUUCAACAAAUGUUGAUUUGCUUAAUGGUAAAGUCUGUAAUGUCUUCACUUUAUCUUCAUCCUGUUCCAGCCCUGAACAAAUAGGACAGAUGAAUGCCAUGGAUGUGAAGAUGCUCUUUCGAUUGCUCAAGGAAAGAGUUUUCUGGCAAGAUCACGCUGUGAGCAUCGUUAGUCAAACGAUAUCCCAACACCAAACCAGAAGCGAAAAACGCCAUGGAUCUCAUUUGAGGGGGGACAUAUGGUUCAACUUUAUUGGUCCUGAUAAGUUUGGUAAAAAAAAAGUUGCUAUUGCUCUUGCUGAGAUAUUGUAUGGAAACAAGGAUCAGUUCGUAUGUGUUGACUUGAGCUCCCAAGAUGUGACGAUCAAUCCCGAUACGCUUCGUGGAUGCCCUCGUAUGAGAAGUAACAACCCAGAAUUCAGAGGGAAAACUGUUCUGGAUUUCGUUGCGGCUGAGUUGAGGAAGCAACCUUUGUCGGUCAUUAUGCUUGAAAAUGUUGACAAGGCUGAACUUCUUGAUCAAAAUAGAUUGUCACAAGCUAUUCGAACUGGUAAACUCUCAGACCUGCAAGGCAGAGAAGUUAGCAUUAAGAAUGCGAUAUUCAUGAUGACAUCGACGUCCUUGUGUACUAAACAACAAAUGAUUUUUCCCGACGAGAAAAUGUCCAAGUAUUCUGAAGAAAGACUCUUGAAAGCGAAAAGCUGGUCGCUACAGAUAAAAGUUGAUUCUAGCUUUGGAGAUCAAGCAAACCGAACCAAGACUGUCUCCAACCCAUUCUUCAUGAACAAAAGGAAGCUCAAUGUCAUAGAAGAAUCUUCAGAUCAACUGGUGAAACGGUGUCACAAGACAUCAAACAAGUACCUGGAUUUGAAUCGGCCUGCAGAAGAAGACGUGGAACACGAUAUCGAUGGGGACUGCCCCGAUGAUGACUCCACUUUUGAGAUCAAAACAUGGUUACAAGAUUUCUGUAACUACAUUGAUCAAGUAGUAGUUUUCAAGCCAUUUGAUUUUGAUUCUCUAGCUGAGAAAAUUCAACGGGAAGUUGAGAAGAUCUUCCAUAGUGUGUUUGGCUCAGAAUGCAUGCUUGAAAUUGACUCAAAGGUGAUGGAACAAUUGCUUGCAGCUGCCUAUAUUUCAUAUGGUAAUACAGAAGUAGAUGAUUGGAUGGAGCAAGUCCUAAGCAGAAAAUUCUUAGAAGUCAAAAGAACACGCAUACUCUCUAAUUACUCCAUUGUCAAACUCUCUGCCUAUGAUCAGGAGCUUUCCUUGGAGGAAAAAACAGCAGAAAUCUGUCUUCCCCGGAGAAUCAUUUUAGAUCCAACGUCGUGGUCGUGUUCUAGCUAAGAUGUUAAAUGCAGUGUCAUGUAAUGUAGUAAGAAAUCUUGCUUAGCCUGUAAAUCCCCAUAAGUUUUUGUUGCGUUUUCUUUUUCAAGGUUAUGUUCUGUAAGAUAUGGUAUUUAGUUGCGUGAUUAAGUUCAGCAAGUUAUAAGCCAA